CCGUGGAACAACUAGAACUACGGGCGUGAGCACUCAGUUCCUCUCUGGUUAAACUAAAUUUGGCGUCAAACGCGGCUCGCUUCAGUUCGCUCGCUUCUUUCUUUCUCGCUCUUUUUCUCUUUCCUCGCGAGAACGUAACGCCAAUUUCCAUCGGCAUUUCUAUUCGUCUGCGUUCCGCUUGUCAUCUUUCGAAAUACCAUCCCUCCGUUCGUCCCAACAUCAGUGAUUUUAACGAAGAAAGGGACAUACAAUUUCGGCCAAUUAAACACGAGACACGAAUCACGGCAGCAGACGGUAUCGUCAGUCAACGAUCACGGUGACGACGACUGAUCUUUGUGUAGUCGAAACUCGAGCAACGCGCGAAACGAUUUCGAAACUUAAUAUUCUGAAACGUGUCAUCAUCGACAGCUGUUGGGGUUUUGGGAUACACCUCGUCAUCGCGAACGAUCAUGAACUCUUAUGCCAAAUGUCAAUCGGCGGUUGUUCAAAAACUUGGAUUUUGUUAGGGAAACGUGGUGGUGCUGUGCCCUGACAAGACGCUACUAUGCUUUUCUUGGGAAAAAGUGAAAGCUUUAAGGUGGCUCGUUACGCGUCGUGUGAAACGAAUUAACCUAUCAGAACUGGAUUACCCAUAAAAAUGUGGAGUUUAGUUCGGUGUCAUAAGAAAGUCCUCGAGGAGAUGCACAUUUUGAUGAAUCUGGAGCUGUCCUGAAUUAUUGAACGUCUUUUUUCGCGUGCACGAAAUAGCCUGAAUAUCAACGUCAAACAUGUUCGGUUGUCCUAGAGAAGCUGUGCGCGUCAAAGUAAAGAAAUGCGAGACCAGACAUCAGCCAGAGUAUCGGAAGUUCAGCGUGGACCCGCAGAUAACAUCCAUCGAAGUGCUUCAAAGUAUACUCAUCAAAGCGUUCGAUAUCAAAGGAGAAUUCACAGUUUCUUAUCGAGCAAUAGAUGACUAUGGAUCGGAAACAUACUUAUUCCUACUUUCUGACUGGGACUUGGAUGCAGCAUUUAUCAGCGCUUCUGAACCCUAUCUAUAUCUGCAAGUCAACUUAAAGCCAUUCGGAGAGACAGGCGACUGCGAAUGUUAUUGGGAACAAAAUGCACAGGAAGUGUCGACUCGACAAGAAACCGGGUUUCCAUACAAGACGCCCAAGUUACCGGGUCUAAUAAUGAACAAGAUGGAAAGAACACUGAACAUGGUUCAACGUGCUCUGGGUAAUUUGAGCGAAGAAUCUUCGCACCAGCAAUGUGCUCAACCACCACGACCCCCAUUGACAGACGCAGAGUUUCGACGAUUUUUGGAUCCCAUCGGACAAGUAAUACACCCUAAAGAAUUACGAGCCGUCAUAUACUUCGGUGGAAUUGAACCUAGCCUGCGAAAAGUGGUUUGGAAACACAUUCUAAACGUAUAUCCCGAAGGAAUGUCCGGUCGCGAGAGGAUGGAUUAUAUGAAGAAAAAGUCGCAAGAGUAUCAAAAUCUUCGAGAAAGAUGGAAAAUCUUGGUACAAAAGGGACAAAAUGUCGGAGAUUUGGCAUAUGUAACGAGUAUGGUACGGAAAGAUGUUCUAAGAACGGAUAGACAUCACAAGUUUUACGGAGGUUCUGACGAUAAUCAGAAUACGGCCAGUCUUUUUAAUAUCUUAACUACGUAUGCCUUAAAUCAUCCGAGUGUCAGUUACUGUCAAGGUAUGAGCGAUCUGGCUUCGCCUUUAUUGGUUACUAUGAGGGACGAAGCACAAGCAUACAUAUGCCUGUGCGCUCUUAUGAGGAGGUUGAAAGACAACUUUAUGCUUGAUGGAAUUGCUAUGACUACAAAAUUUGCACAUUUGGCUGAAGGUUUACAACAUUAUGACCCAGACUUCUAUGCUUAUUUAAAAUCCCAUCAAGCGGACGACCUAUUGUUCUGUUAUCGAUGGCUUUUAUUAGAAAUGAAACGUGAAUUUGCUUUGGACGACGCUCUGAGAAUGCUCGAAGUUUUAUGGGCUGCUUUGCCAGCGUCACCGCCAAACGGAGAACUUAAUCUGGCCGAAGUACCUUUUCCUCCACCUUCGCCACCGCCAAGCCCAAACGUAAAACAUAUUCGUGAGAACGCAUACACGAAAGUUUGUGCUAUCAGACGACAAAGCUCUUCCGCGAGUAUCGCCACUACUGGUAAAAGAAAGACUCUUAACGCGGAGGAUCCAUCUUUGCAAAGCUCUACAGAAACUAACGGUGACUCAAAAAGAUCGAGCUCUCCUUACGAGACGUUUUCUGAGCCAGAAAAUGAUUUGACGACAGCGAAAAAUCGAAGAAACACAGAAUCUACGGAAAAGUGCCUAAGUACAGAUUCUCUGUCUGGUAAAUCUAAACGCGUAAACUUGCUGGAAUUGAAAGAAAGACUGUCGUUACCUAGUAAAGAACAUCAACAAACAAAAAAUAAUGAAAAUGAUGGUGAAAAGAAAUGCGCCCGAGUAGUAAAGAAUUUGAACGAAUUUUUGAACUUCACGAGCCUCAACCGUAGCAAAAUAACACCAAGCGAUGCUGAACCAGAGUUGAGACGUGUUUCGAGCGAGAGCGGAGUAAUUAGAGUUUUAAGAGAUGAACCAAGUUCGCCGGAUGACCCGACAGAUUUUUUUCCAAUGACUACAUCAAUGACUAGAGAAUUAAGACUGGAACUAGAAUCACUCGAUCGACAAGUCUUCGGACCAUCACCGCCAAGUGAUCAACAAUGUGAUUGUGUUCUAUCUAAAAGAGAAAGCGAAUUAGCCGACAGCGAAACAGAUACAGAGUUAGCAAGGUGUAGUCCAGCUGCGGAUGUAUUUGUAUGGGAGAAUCCUCUGCACACGUUACAGCAAAAGAAUCAUCCAGCUACUCCAGAUGAGCAAGCAGAACUCGAGUAUGAUGGCGAAAUAUUAGAAGAUCAGAAUGGUGUUAAAUCUGUUACCCCAAUUAGAUUACUUAAACGGACUACAAGGUCCGAAUCUGCUUCGGACAGCGAGGAGGCAGAAAGUUGGCACCAAAAUGCAACAGUACAAGAAAGUCCAAUAAAACAAUCGGUACAAGAGCACUGUGAAGAAGCCACAGAGCUUACAAAUCUUAUUCCAGCAGGAACUUGCGAAGAUCAGUUGGGAGAAACUUCUCUACCUCCACCUCACGAAUUUGGUGGUGGUAAUCCGUUUCUUAUGUUCCUCUGUAUUACUCUGUUAUUGCAACACAGAGACUUUGUUAUGCGUAAUCAAAUGGAUUAUAACGAAAUGGCAAUGCAUUUCGAUAAAAUGGUUCGUCGACAUAACGUUAUUCGAGUGCUCAAUCAAGCGAGGCAACUAUUCGCUGGUUAUCUUAGAAGGCAUUCUUCAUCGUCAUUAGGUGCAAAGUCAGAUUCUGUUAAUGUGUAGCCUGAUAAUGCUUGAAUAUUCAUUGUACUUAUCGACACCUACCAUAUAACAUGAAAUACGAAAUGGACGAUUUUAAAAUAUAUUGUGUACCGUUCAAGACAAAUCACAAAAAAUAAGUUUAAAAUAUGUUUUUUAAAUCUAAAAGGUGAAUCAAAACACUUCUGUAAAUGAAGAAAGAUAUCAGGUAAAAUGCGUAUCAGUGAUAAGCUAGGCAAUAAGAAAUUUAAAUAAUCUCCUCGAGGUGCUCCUUUAAUCGUGCUUUCGUAAAAAAAUCAUUAAUUCUUCGUGUAUUCCUUUAAUCUUUCUAAGCAUAUUAAUUGCGAUACAUAUUAUGUAUAUUCGAUCCAAAUCUUAUUAUUGUUUGAUGAACAUAUGUCUCAAAGUAUGAUAAUUUUUAUAUUAUUUAUUUGCAUUUAUCUACAUUUACUGUCUAUUGAUGAGUUUCUUAUUAAUAAAAGUUUAUUUUCUUAGGACAAACUAAUUUUAGUUUGGAAGGGUUAACCUUCUUGGCGAUCAUGUAUAAUUAAAUACAAAUACACAUAUAAACCAAUGUCAUUAUCUGCCGUGUGAUAGCACCAGUUGAAAAUAAUUCUUAUAUUUCGCAUAAUUCAUGGAACUAAGUGAAGUAAACGUUUCUUCGAUACUUAAUGUACAAACAUUGCAACAGACUUUAAAACGUAAUCAUGUUGAAAAUGACACGACAUUAAACCCUCCGUCUGCAACUUUAUUUUUACUAACGUUGUCUGCAUACUGGUUCACUUAAAUUCAUCCACAUCCUUUUAGGUCUUUUGUGUUUUAAAAGAACCCCAAACAUUUUUUAAUACUCUUCCAGAUCUCUAGAAUAUUAUUUCAUAGUUUUCAUUGCUACAUCUUACCUUCAUUUCUUUAAGAGAAGCUACAUUUAAACGAAAAUAUAGGUAAGCUGAGAAAUUACCUAAUUAAUAGUUAUAACUACUAGUCGACAACGACCUGGUAUGCAGAUGAAAGGUUAAAUAUACUUUAUCUGCGACACUAUCCUUUGACACUAUGCACAGUAUCGAUUGCACUGCAUUAUCUUUCUCACUGUACCUCGAUUUAAAAUUAAGUGACUGGCUUAAAUUUGUAAAAUAUCUAUGAUUAAUUUAGUAGCUGUAUCUUACUUUGUUCUCGAACAAUGUGUUUGAGAAACGACAAUAAACUGCAUUUAAUUUUA